CAGGUUCAAUCAGCAGUCAUGAGGUCUUUGGUGUUCCUGGUGCUCCUCGGAGCCGCAUUUGCUCUGGAUGAUGACAAGAUUGUUGGUGGAUAUGAGUGUCAGCGUCAUUCUCAGCCCUGGCAGGUGUCUCUGAACGCUGGCUAUCACUUCUGCGGUGGCUCUCUGGUUAAUAACCUUUGGGUUGUGUCUGCUGCUCACUGCUACAAGUCACGCAUUGAGGUCCGUCUGGGCGAGCACCAUAUUACAGUUAGUGAAAAUACUGAGCAGUUCAUCUCCUCCGAUCGUGUCAUCCGCCAUCCUCAGUAUAGCUCCUGGAACAUUGAUAAUGACAUCAUGUUGAUCAAGCUUAGCAAGCCCGCUGAAAUCAAUACAUACGUGCAACCUGUGGCCCUGCCCACAUCUUGUGCCCCCGCUGGCACCAUGUGCUUAGUCUCUGGCUGGGGAAACACCAUGAGCCCCACUGCUGAUUCCAACAAGCUUCAGUGUCUGCAAAUCCCCAUCUUGUCCGACAGAGACUGUAACAACUCCUACCCCGGCAUGAUCACAAAUUCCAUGUUCUGUGCUGGAUACCUGGAGGGAGGAAAGGACUCUUGCCAGGGUGACUCUGGUGGUCCUGUGGUGUGCAAUAACCAGCUGCAGGGUAUCGUGUCCUGGGGUUAUGGCUGUGCUGAGAAGAAUCAUCCUGGUGUCUAUGCCAAGGUCUGCAUUUUCAGCCAGUGGCUCGCAGACACCAUGAAUUCAAACUGAAGUGGCUCUAAAAACACUUUCAGCAUUCACACCUCCAAUUCUGCAAUCCAUCAGCAG